GGUUCUUGCAGAACUUGGAUUUCUGCUUCACCUGCUUCUCUUCCCCAUCUCUUCACAGUGUUCGUGCCUCUUUCACUUGUGUGUUCAUACGCCAGUUUGUGAGUGCGUGCCUGAAACUUCUCGUGUCCGGCAGGGAGCCCUUGAGAUGACAGCCAUGGCAGAAUUCAACAACGUUCAGUCAGUGUCUGAAAUGCCAGAAGAAGGUGAAGCUAAACGUGGCUUCUAUCACAGAAUGUUUUUGGAACCUCAGGAGGAGAAGAGGAACCUGAAGGCUCUGAUGGUUAAACAAGUGAAGAAAACUUGCAGCUGCACUCCAGCCAAAGUUAAAGACUGUGUUUUGAGUUUCUUUCCCAUCGUGCAGUGGCUUCCUAAGUACAAUCCAAAAGAGUGCUUACUGGGAGACAUAAUGUCCGGUGUGAUUGUGGGGGUCUUGCUAGUCCCACAGUCAAUUGCUUAUUCUCUCUUGGCUGGGCAGGAGCCUAUUUAUGGCCUUUAUACGUCCUUCUUUGCAGGCAUUAUUUAUUGCAUAUUUGGAACCUCUCGCCACAUCUCUGUUGGUAUCUUUGGUGCGCUCUGCCUGAUGGUGGGACAAGUGGUGGAUCGUGAGGUGCUGAGAGCCGGCUAUGAGAUGGAGCCAGCUGCUCUCAGUGACCACAUGGAUACAGCAGUGCACGUGAACUCCACCGCAGCACCUGUGAACCAGACAUUACAGAAGCUGCUCUGUGAUAAAACCUGCUACGCAAUAAAAGUGGGAGCCACCAUGACCUUCAUAGCUGGGGUUUAUCAGGUGGCCAUGGGUUUCUUUCAAGUGGGCUUUGUCUCAGUGUACCUCUCCGAUUCAUUGCUCAGUGGAUUUGUCACGGGUGCCUCCUUUACCAUCCUGACAUCCCAAGCUAAGUACCUCCUGGGUCUGGACAUUCCACGGAGCAGUGGCGUCGGCUCCCUCAUAACCACGUGGAUAAACAUCUUCAGAAACAUACACAAGACUAACAUGUGUGAUGUCAUCACCAGCUUUUUGUGCUUUCUUGUUCUUAUCCCAACUAAGGAGCUUAAUGAACAUUUUAAAUCCAGGCUCAAGGCUCCAAUUCCAGUUGAAUUAGUUGUGGUUGUGGCAGCUACUCUGGCAUCUCACUUAGGGAAGCUGAAAGAAACCUAUGGCUCAAGUGUUGCUGGGCACAUCCCAACUGGCUUUCUGCCACCCAGCCCUCCUGACUGGAACCUGAUUCCUAACGUGGCAUUGGAUGCUAUCCCCAUCGCUGUCAUUGGCUUUGCCAUCACUGUUUCCCUCUCAGAAAUGUUUGCCAAGAAGCAUGGUUACACCGUGAAGGCCAACCAGGAAAUGUAUGCCAUUGGCUUCUGCAACAUCAUUCCCUCUUUCUUCCAUUGCUUCACAACAAGUGCAGCUCUUGCUAAGACUCUUAUUAAAGAGUCAACAGGCUGUAGAACACAGGUUUCUGGCAUUGUGACUAGUUUGUUAAUCCUAAUAGUCCUCCUUGUGAUUGCACCUUUGUUUUAUUCCCUUCAGAAAUGUGUCCUUGCUGUUAUAACCAUUGUAAACCUCAGAGGUGCCCUGCGAAAGUUCAGAGACCUGCCAAAAAUGUGGCAUUUGAGCAGGGUGGACACGGUGAUCUGGCUAGUUACUAUGGUGUCCUCAGCACUCAUCAGUACUGAGAUUGGUCUUCUGAUUGGUGUUUGUUUCUCAAUGCUUUGCGUCAUUUUUCGAACUCAGAAACCAGAGGCACCAUUGCUUGGCUGGGUGGCAGAGUCUGAAACAUAUGAGUCCCUGUCUGCUUAUAAGAACUUAGAAACUAAGCCAGGAGUUGUGGUGCUGCGUUUUGAAGCACCCCUCUACUACAUCAACAAAGAGUGCUUCAAAUCCGCACUGUAUAAGCAAACUGGAGUCAACCCAGCCUUGGUGAAGGCAGCAAAGAAAAAGGCAGCAAAAAGAAUGCUUAGAGAGAAGGAAGCGGGUUCUGGUGGCAGCCAGACCAACGUUUCCAUGGAGCUUGUGUCCGAGCCGUUGGGGUUUCACACAAUAGUGAUUGACUGUUGUGCAGUACAGUUUCUGGACACAGCAGGAAUCCGCACGCUCAAAGAGGUCUGCAAGGACUACAGUGAGAUAGAUGUCCAGGUGCUGCUGGCACAGUGCAAUCCUUCGGUGAGGAGCUCCCUAAUGCGGGGAGAAUUCUUCAAAGAGGGGGAGGACCAUCUUCUCUUCCACAGUGUGCAUCAGGCCGUGGACUUCGCACUGGGUGCACAGGAGCACAGCAGGACCUGUGCUUCUAAGAACUAGUUGGAACAAAGCCUGGAAAACAUGAGCACUGCUUUAUGUAUGGAACUGAGUGAAUGCAUCUCUUAAGUUUUUCGUGAUCUGUAUACGAACCAAAGAGUUUCAUAUGAACAUUCAUCUCAUUUCUCUUCUGUCAUCAACUUCCCAUUUCUUGGUUCCCCUCUGUUUUGAUCACAGCAUGGAGGUCUUUCUGAAUGAGACAAGCUUUAGAAGCAUUCUAGGCUACCCAUCUAGCUGAAUGCUACAAGGCAACUCAUUUCUUGUUCCCAGUUGAGAAAUUGCUUUUUCAUAUCAUCACAGCCCUAUAUUUUUAAGGAAUGACUGACAGGUACUGUUUAUUCUGUUUUUUAUCACAUUGUGAUUGGUUGGUUGUAUUAGGACAGGGAGAUAAGGAAAAUCAUGCAACAAAAAAGUCUUAAUGCAUAGCUUGUAAACUUACCUGUCACCUCUGGACGAUGCUUUGUCAUCGUGUGUUGACAGCCAAAUGCAGCUGUAUGAGCAGGGGCAGGGUUGUCUAAUUUCUGUGCAGUCCCUUACGAGCCAGGAAAGAUUGCUCUUUUGCUUGAAUCUCUUUGGAUAAUCUCUCUGGAAGUAUUUUUAUUUGGACAUGAUUGCUUAGAAGUCUGAUUCAUACUUACGGUCAAUUGCUUGUUUUGUUAGUAUUUAGGAGUGCUUUAGGAUUGUGAACAUCAGAUAUGAAAGAUCUCCAAUUCAUGGGUUGCAACACAAUACAAGCCAGUUUUACCUGCCAAACUGACAGAACUACAGACAGCAGAAUGAAAAGGGCCCCACAUUAUCCAGCAUCUGGCCAAAUCUGCCUGUGCCAUGCAGACUUCCUGUGUGAAUGCAGGUUUUAUUGACCAUAAACCCUUUACAUAUGCUCAGUCAUGGGCCUUUUGUAAUGGAGAUGUUGGCCAAGAAGAGAGGUAAUCAGAAAAAGAGCCAGAAAGAAAUGUGCUGAAAGCUCUUCACCACCUUCGUGUAAAUAAAACUUUGUACUCUGCUGUUAAGUUGUGCAGAACAGUGAAAAGUCCCUAUUGUUCAUGUCGAAAUAAAGGCACUGGAUAGGAAGUCGUUCUUUGUUCUUACAGCAAUAGAAUACAAUUAUGAAAGCAUAAUUGAAAGAUUAACUUUUCUUUACUGACUGCCAGGGGAGUUUAUGGUCUGAACUGCAGUUUCUUGACAGCUUUUAAGAGGGAAAAGGUGUUGUAUAUGACAGUAAGCUCAUCCUUAAUCAUUCAAAAAUGAGUCAGGAAUCAGAAAAGUAAGAAAAUGCAAUGUAAAUCAUGAAACAUUUUGUAAAUGGAAAUACAUUUUCCAUUUAGGAUGAUUUUAUUUUUCUGAACAAUUAGGAACUUCCCCCUCAUUUUGGUGAAAGCUGAAAUGUCACACGGCGCUUCAGUCUAGGAGCUGAGAGCUCAAGAGAAAGGAUGGAAGGAAGUUAAGUCCCAGGACCUGGCAACGUUUAUAUGCUAGGUGAACUUAGUACAUUUUUUAGGACAUCACAGGAGUGUAUAAAAACGUUUAGGGAGUGGACAGGGUGGAUGCUACAUGUAUGGAAAAGGAUCACAUAACUGAGAUCCUUGAAUUGGAUUUAGGAAGGCAACAGCGAAACUUCAAUCAUCAGAGAUUCUAAAGCUGCAGCGUUCAAAAAAACACAAAUAAUUUUCUUUCAUAGCCUUAAGGUACAUUUAUACAAGGAGAUGAAUCCCAAAUAGCUACUGCUGAUUUUUUUUUCUUUUCUGCAUAAACUUUCAUUCUGUGCUAAGAAUCCCCUUUGCGCUUUGGGUAAUUGCAGGGACCAAGUUUGUAUUGUCAAAGUGGGGGCCACUGUCAGGAGGGAGCAGCUCCAGCAGCCGGGAUCCUGCCACAGGACGGCUUUCAGCUCUAAACAAAAUUACCCAUGCCAUUUAUUCAUUUUCACCGCGUUGCCCCUCAGGCAUGGGCAGCUCAGAGGGAAUGAGCUGCUCUGAUGGUCCUGCAGACUUCCUCCUGGGCAGGGAUGGAAGCGCGAUAGAAGGUGCUGUGGUGAAUCUUUCCUGUCUGCACUCAUGACUUCUACCCUUUCCACGCUGCCCAGGAGAGGAUUUUUUGAUUUGUGACAAUGUGCAGUGAUAACAGAAGAAAAUAAAAAAGUAUUUAUUAAACACCUUUUUGUUACAUUUCAAAUUUGUUUCCACCUGUGCCAAGAAGGGAGGAAUAACUGCAUGGAUUCCAAGAAGCAGUACUACAGCUGUAAAGGAUGCGUAUUUGUAGCACCUGAGUGUUUGUAUUAAAGCACAAUAAAACAGCCAUAAAUUGAUUUUCAAAGAAUUAAUUUAGAUUACAGCUAAAAGAUAGACUAAAGUGAUUUAUGUUUAGCUAGAGCACAUCAUGCUUGGCCGCAGUGCUGUUUGUGCAGCCACAAUUGGCAGUGUAGCCUCCAAAUUGGAUUUAAAGCAAAACACACAUGCACAAAAUGUAUUAAAAUGCAACUGCAUAAGCAUCCAGCCAACAAAAAAAAAAGCCAACAACAACAAAAAAUUUCUGAUGUUGUUUAAGAUAAUAUCCAUAGGCUGCAGUUUAUCCUCUGUACAAAUGCAUACGGCCCUGGUUGGAAGGGAAUACAGAUAAAUGCCAGUUGGCAGAGAGUUAAUGUGAUAGGCAGUCCUUUGGCAUUAACUGAAGGUUGGAGCUUAUUGUGGCUGGGAUUUCUUAAAACGGUGGGUUUUCAGGCAUUUUCCUUUCAGAGCUUUUUUUUUAAAUGGAGACACAAGUGUAAGUGAAUUCAGGCCCACUGGAGCAAGAAUCAUGCCUUGCUUCAGUCUGUUUGUGGAUCCUUGAGACAUGAUCUAACUUCAUGUUUAGGAACCAAGGAUCACUAAGUGAAAACUGUUGCCCUAAAAAAUUUGUUUCCUAAAGGAAUUCCAGACGUGUGUAUACAUACAUACAUAUAUAUAUAUAUAUAUGUACGUAAAUGUACACACACCCUUUGCAGCUUUAUGUCUCCAGUUGUGCUUUUGCAAAGUGGCUGCUUCUGUCCUAGAAGGGGCUCUCUAGCCUUCUACUGACUUAAUUUGCCAUCUACAAAAAGAAUGAAUCCCAGAAUGAUUGCCUUUGGGCUGCCCAAAAUAGUGACAUUUGUUGCAGAAGCCUUCACAGCCCAGGGCCAACCUGGAAGGUUGCAUAAACCUGUUGGUCUCCUGUAAGGCAGCUUCCAGAUGUCUUAAUUCAGCAAUUAUCUGUCUAAAAGAGGAAUUAACAGAUCAUUAUCUCAUUCAUUAACGGUAACAACGUGGCAUUAUGGAAAUUAACACUCACAAUCUCAGCUAUACUGAAGGCAUGUGGAAGUAUCUUCAGUGAUCUGCUAAAUGUCAGUCUUGCUCUACUGCUAUAGGCAGUAGUUUUCAGCUCCUGAUGUGCCAGUUGCUCUAAUAACUGUUUCACUUGUGUAAACGUUUUGACACCAUUUCUUAAUCCAUUUCAGAAAUAGGAAGGUGUUAGAUGCCGUGGUUCUUAUUCUUAUUUUUGGAUUUACAAUGACAUUGUUGUAGUGGAAAUGCUCAGUCAUGGCUUGAACCACUGACUGAGCACCUGGUGGGAAGGCAGGACCAACCCAGGGGAGCUCAUGUGUAUGCAAUGCAGCUGAGUGACUGGGAAGGAUGGAGCCAGGGUCCACCCUUUCCCAGACCUCAUUUAAGGGUUGGCAGUGGAGGUGAGGGUAUCUGAUUGGAGAUCCCUGCCUACUUGAGGUCUUGUUAAGGUAAGCAGAUUUUCUUCUUUUGUUUCUGUGUCUAUGGCGGUUGUUGUCAUUUGUUGUAGUUUGGGAUUGUGUCACCCUGCUAUUACUGCUGUAUUUUCCAUCACAUUGUAGCACUAUGGCAUUACAAUUGUCAGCCUUGGUCCUGUGUGAUUUAGUGAUCCGGAUGUCCUAGCAAGUUGUUGCAGCUCUACUCAUUGAUCUUCAAUUCAUCACACAAUUCAUCUCACCACCUUCUUUCACAUUUCUGCAUUUGUCUGUAAGGCACUGUGUGUGAUUGACUGUAAAUAGAAGAAUCUUAGCAUAUUUUGAUAUUACCUAUGAGCUGCUAUUCAGUUUUCAUGUCAAAUCUUCUAGUGAGACCAAAGCCCCCGAGCAAAGGCUGUAGAGUCACCCCCAAAUCCCACACUGUUUGGGGCUGUGGGGAGCAGCCCCAUGUACCUGCUGGGAGAGCUACAGCCAGGCCUGGGGCUGCACAACAGCUCGUGUACAAGUGGCAGUGCCUGCCCAGUGACAGCACUGCAUGCAGCCAUGUGCCUUUUUCCAUGAGUUUAGUACUAACACAGGGUCCUUGUUCCUGUCUGGUGCUGCUGCAUGAGUCAGUGUCCCAUUCUCAGUAUUAAAAGGGAUUUCUGGCUUUGUGAUUAUUUUUUUAUACUUCUAAUCUAAUUCUGUACUUGACUCUCCUAGAAAAGACCACAAAGCUGCCAUGACAUCCGUACUCCUUCCCCAUCAGGUUGCAGUGAUGAGCAGGGAGAUCUCUCAGGGGUGGAGGGUGGGGAGGAAACAUGGUGUUUCCUUCAGCUCUACAUAUUUCCUGGCUUGUGCCAAGAGAUGUUGAAAUCGCUUGUUGAUGGGCCUGAAUUGCAGACAGGAGGUACUGCAGAAAGCAGUCUGGGUUUUUGAGUCAGCUGGUCCCAGCUGCAGCCCACAUCCUUGUGCCUGGUGUGAGCUCUGUGCCAGAUACUACAUCUGCAUCUUGCUUGCUGUGCAAGCCUGCCUAGUGAGGUCUGCACUUCCUGUACCCAGACCUUGCUGGGGCAACACUAUACAUCUCCCCAGGUCCCACUCUUUGAAUCUUUCAACCUAAGGCUGUGAAAACUCCCUGCUCCCAGUAUGCUUGAAUACCUGUUAGCAGGUGUUGCUGCUAAGAGGUUUUUAAUGAGACUGAAGUCAUCACCCCCAGGAUCCAAACUGCUGGCCUAGAUCACAGAAACUGGAACAUGAGGAAGCCCUAUUGGUUGCAGUGAAACACUUAGGGCAAAUAGUUCCUUUUCAGGAUGUCUAUGAUUCUAUGUUGCUUUCAGGUGUUUUUUUUUUUUUUUUUUUUUUUUUUUUUUCUUUUCAUAUGCUUUAGAGAGAUGAUUAAAUUAUUUUAGUGAUUGAAGUUUAUUUUAACAGCAUUAACUAAGCUAAUGAAGCUGUGAUGCAGGUAGGAGUCAUCUGCUAAUGCAAUCCAGGGUGCCUUUUGUCUGUAUAACUUGUUGUGCUUUGCUGAGUCUCAGGCUAGGAUACCAUUGUGAGUCUGGAAUAUUGAUAUAAUUGUCCUCAUUAGAAGGGAUUUGCACUUCUACUAUGCUGGCAUAGCUAAAAGGAGCAAUAUCUUUAGUGCAGAUGAGGCUCUGUGCCUUUGCAUUUUGAACUGCUUUAAGUCCCAAGAAUUACUUGCACUUGGUUGUUGUGUUUGUAAGCCUUUGUUGGAGCAGCUGCUCAUGUGGAAAAAGAACCUGAUCUUUACUGACUCAAUAGAAUUUCUUCUGAAGUAGAAAUCAUUUUGAGUUUUGCCUUUUCUUUUGAGAUGAUUUUAAUGCUAAAAGUGAUGCCUCUGGUUAGGUAUAAUGACUAAUAUUUAAUAUAUAUAUUUAGUUUAUAGCAUAAUGAGUACCUUUUAUCCUAUUUCACGGAGAUAAAAUAAGGCACAUUGCUAUUUCUCUAACGUGCAAAUACACAGAAUACUACAACAUUUGAUGUAGAGUCAAAUCUCCACUGAGGAAGUGUACUGCCCAAAAUAUUUGAAUUCUGAGUCUGAAAGCACUCAGUUCUCAGUCCAGUUCCCAGAUCGUCUCAGGACUGCACAGAAUGAUGGGAAGCCAAACAUUCUGCUGCACUUGGGUCCAAAUUUUAAUGUCUACCUUUUGACUUCACAAAUUCUGUGAUUUAAAUCUAACUGAAAGAUGUUUGAGGAGAUGUAAAGCAUCACUCUGUGGCAGCACGCGAUGAUGUCACUUCAUCAGCCUCUGGUUACUGACAGCCAUCUCUGGCACUAUGGUGUGACCUGGGGUAUGAUUUCUGAAUUAUUCUAAAUUCAGAUUGAUUUUAAGAUACUGCUUGUGACAGUGUUUUGCUCAGUGAAUUAAAUGACAAAUUUUGCCUGGAGUAGCUUUUCCAAAUUUGGGAGUUAGCUUAAACAAACAGGACCUCAGGGGUGGAAAAACUGCUUGUCUGACUAGACCAGUUUACAGAAGUGGUUUGGAAAGUUGCAUAGCAUGUAUAAUGAUUGCCUUUUUAUUACUAUUUAUAAGUGCAGUAUAAAUGAGGUGUGAUACUUCCCCCACUUUGGUGCUGGAAUCUGGAGUGCUGGGGAGGCUGUCUGCCCCUUGCCUCGGCCUAUUCUGUAUGUGUGUUUGCUAGCACAGAUGUGGCCUUGUGCACAGCCUGAGAUGCGUUGCCAUCAGCUCCUCAGGAGUGCUGUGCUCACUGACCAAAGCCUGUGAUGGGAGUUGUGUUUUGUCAAUCAUCUUAUGUUCUACUUAGGGGUUAUAUCAUCUGCGUAUUGCUGGCUUUACGUUUUCUCUAUCUGCCUGUCCUGUAUCAACUGCCAUUUAAAAAUGCUGAUGUGCCUUAUUGUCAUUGCAGAAGACUGUUAAAAGAAGAAUUUUCCAUUCGUUAUGGUAAAAUCUUUGAGAUUUCUUUACCAUCAUUAAAAGAUAUUUAUGUUCUUUUCUGCUGUCAGGUGUAUGCUUGAUACCUUAACAGAUGCUGCUUUAAAUUUUAAGAGGAAAAGCCACACAUCUGAGCAGCGACCUACUCCCCGUCUCUCUUCACAGCUGCAUCAGUCACUGUUGUAAACAUGGUGUACACAGCUGCAUGCAAAUCUGACUUUCCCAAACUGGUAUGAACUUUCCCUGCACUGAUUGGUACACAUAAGCACACAUGGAAACUUUCUGUCAACACAGAAAAAGGUAUUAACAAUACAUGGAUGGCUUUCACCUUCUAUCUUGGGUGCUCUGUGCAAGUGCUUGUGGUUUUCUCGUGAAGAGAUGUGGCUGUAAUAAAAAAUGCUGACAGCUGUGUGCUGCGUCAGGGUGAGCAGCACCCUCCUGUGGGCCAGGUUUGAAUUCCUGAGAUGCAAGAGAUAUCAGACGUGUGUAUUUGUGUAUUGCAGCACAUGGCAUCAUCUAUUCAGCUGUUAAAAAAAAAAAAACAAAAACAAAAAACAACAACAAAAAAAAAACUGCAGUGUGUUUCAGUGUUAAUUCACUUCACUGGUUAUGUGGCUUGGUCAGGUCGUGGCCAGGAAGAGUCAGAGCAAAAAUAGACCAAUGCUGAGUGCAGUUCUGGGCAGUUACUGUGAACUUUCUAUAGCCAUACGUGCCCUUGUGUAAUACAAAAGGUUUUCUUGAUCCAGCUUUUACCUGAGGGCACCUUUUACCUCAGGAGACCUCAGCGCUUUCUGUGAUAUUCUGUGUGUGUAUGUUGGUGCCAGCAGUGGUAGGUGCAUUCAGCUUCAGGUGCUGCCAGCAGGAGCUUUCUGUUCUGUAAAGUGCAAGGCUUUUAGUAGGAUAACUGAUGCCUGCUGACACUGAGCCAAGGUGAUGGGCUUCAAUCAGCAGCACCCUUUGCUGCUAUGUAAGGCUGUACCUUACCUGCAGACAGCUCUAGUUGUCUCUGUACAUAUCCUAGGGGAGCCCCCCCUGCUCCAACAUCUAUUAAAAAUCAGAGAAUGUUCUGAAUUGGAAAGGCCCCACAAGGAACAUCGAGUCCAGCUCCUGGUUCCACAAAGGACCACCCAAAAUUCAAACCUUGUUUCUGAACAGUUUGGGGCUGUGCCUGCUGCCGUCUGAGGCAGAACUUUCCCUCACCUCCACCUGCCCUCCCCUGACACAGCUCCAGGGAGAGCUCAGCGCUGCCCUCCGCUCCCUGUGAGGAGCUGCAGCUGCCCUGAGCUGCCCCUCAGCCUGCUCUGCUCUGGGCCGAGCAAACCCGGGGAGCUCAGCUGCCCCUUGUAAAUCCUGCCCUUCAGAACAGUCCCCAUCUUUGUAGCCCUCCAUUGGAUGCUCCUUAGCUGUGAACCAGCCAGCAGGGCAAGCGGCAUCCCACGAGCAUGGCCCCAGAAGAGCUGGGGGCUUGCAGGUGGAAGCAGCAGGCCAGGCCUGGAGUGAUGCCGAGCAGCCUGGGCUGAGUGCCAGUUCAGUAUGAAAUAGCCACGUCUCCCUGGCUUAUUUCAUAAUACUCAUCUGUAAUCAAUUUAAUCAGUUUACUGAGCCAUUACGGAAUUUUCAAUUAUUGGCUGGAUAAUUCAGAAAAGAGCCAUCAGCACUAGAUACUUGUCACACAGGAAAAGCAGCAACAAACUGUUGCGAAGCUAGCAAGGAAUUGUUUUCAUUCUUCUUAUACAAACAGGGGAUGCUCUCCAAAUCCCCAAGCUUUUGUACUGUGAGGUGCUGGGGUUUUUCCAUGUUUUACAAGCAGACAAAGGAUAAGACCAGUCUAUGGUGUCCCAGGUAGUGGGGCAGCUGGUGCGCAGUGUUUGUAUCUGCAGCCAAAGAUGCCCUUCCACAUCCAGUUAGAUUUGCUCUCCCUACACAGAAUCCCUUUCCAAAGGACUUUCUAUCUCGCAUCUUCCAAAGUAUACUUAAAACAUUAUUUGCAUGUUUGUCUUUGUGGCUCAUUGGUGGGAGGGAGCAGUAGUCCAAAUGGAUGCUUUUUACAUUUAUUUGUGGGACCCUUUGUCCCUCUCAAACUUAAAAAUGGAGUAACUGUAUUAACAUGUGCAGUCUAAGGGUGAGUGACACUUCUGGCCCUCCAAUGUUUAUGUUUGAAUAGAACCUUGUUUUUGCCUUGCAUGCUCUGCUGUGACCCCUGCACAUUAUCAUAAACUGAAAAAUCACAGGAGGCUGCAAAAAGCUAUUUUAUUUUCUGGGAUGACCUAAUGUACUGCUUCCAGAUGCUCUGGUGUUAUCUCUUCAAAACUGUGAAGUUGAAGGAACCAUAGGACAGGUUCUGAUAAUUAUUGUCCUCAGGUGCUGUUUAAUAUUUUGCCAUG